UUUUUAAAGCAUUUUUUUACUUGAUUUAUUUAUUUUGUUUCUCUUUGCAACUGCUUUGCUUAAUAUGCUCUCUAUAUUAUAUUUCCAUUUUUUUUCUGUCUUCUUUCUUAUAUAAAAUUUUCAAAAUAAAAAAUUAUUAAAAUAUAUAUAUUUAUAAUAUAUAUCUUUAAUAACACUAUUUUGCAUUGAUAAAUAAAUGAGGGUAAUAGUAAUAGUAGUAAAAUGCUUUUUUGAAAAAUGCAGAAUGUAUAUAUAAUAAAUAUCUAAUAUAUUUCCACAAUAAAAUCUUGUUACUCAAAUAAUAUUUCAUGAUUGAUGUUUUGAUUGAUAUUCUUUAGUUGAAGAAGUGAUAUUAUUUCAUCAUGAGUAUGUGAUUAGUUCAUAAUGGAAGAAAAACGAAAUAGUUUUAAAUAUUUAAAUUUAAUUUUUAAUAUGCGAUGAUAAAAAGAAAGGAUAUUUUUGUAUUUUCUUAUAAAAUUUAUAGUCCGCGUGCACAUCGACUGGGAACCUGUUGCUUGGAUAUUCUUCGGCAUUGACCGAGCCAUAUCACGGCCAGGAACUUUUACCUUUAUCAUGCGCGUGCGUUUCAAUCGAUCGCUUCUCUCACAAUUUUCUUUCCUGUCAAAUGCACUUUUCGUUACUAAUAUUUUUGAUUAAAAGGAAUUUAAAAAAAAAGAAAUUAUGUAAUAUAGAUAAUUUGUUUUAUAAAAAAAGAAAAAAGAAAAUUUCAAGAAAUAGAAUGUUGCUAUUAUGACAAAUAUGAUUAUUAUUAUUAGUAAUGAAUUAAUCAAUUUUGGCAUUUAAACGACAUUUUGAAUAACAAGUUUCAAAGAGAAUGAUGACGAAAGAAAAAGAGAAGACGGAAUUGAUAUAUGGAGAUGAUAUAUGUAGAUGAAAAAAUUGAAUUGCCUCUUAUUUUGAUAUUAUUUGUCAUUUAAUCGUAACAAAAAUAUAUACAUACUCAGUAUGCGCGCGCCUUUUAUCGAUUUUUGCAAACAUUAUUGCGUGACCUAAUAUAUAUAUCUUCUAUUAGCUUUGAAAUUUUGUUCUCUAUUUCUUGAAUAUCGAUAAUAUCAGAAAACUUAAUCUGUAACAUAGUCUUGGUAUAGCAAUCAAUAAUGUAUCUCUAAUUUCGUUCAUGUGUCGCAUGAUUGUCGCUGGUCACGCUGCUGCUAUUCAGCAACAUUAUGGCAAUAACAAUCAAGUUAUUUCUGGGCGGUGAUUGGUAACAAAAAACAGUAACUAUAUAAUGAAUUGAAAUGAUAAUGGUGGCUAUCCCAAUUGUUAACGAUGACAGCAGUGACGGUGGUUAUGACGUCGGCGAUGGCGUGAACAGUGGCAGUGAUACCAGCGAAUGUAGCUAAGAUCGAUCGUAUCCCCUUCUUUCAACCCCUCCAUCCACCAACCGACUAACGGGCUAACCGACCGACUGAAUAACUAAAUAAUCGAAUAAAUUCCUGGGAUUUUUUCGAGAUACUAUCGACCAUUAUUAUUAUAGUUCUUUACUAAAUUUUUAAAUUCCUUAAAAACUUACACAUUUUUAAAUUUGUUUGAUUAUUGUUUUUUAAUUUUUUCUAUAUUCGUGAACAUUGAAAGCUGUGAGUAAUAAUAAUUAUAUUUAAAACUUAAUAACGGAAAUGUGAACACGUCCACGCAAUAAUCGUGGUUAAAGACACUCGGAACAAUAAAAUCAUGUGGGCUGCAGUCACGAGGUCUUUGGAAAUACUGGUUGCCUUCUUCGAAUAUUACACCAGCAGAGCGCAACUGGAAACAACCGGUAGUCCAGCGAAUAAACCAGCAUCAUCGGCAAGUGGAAGUGGCACCGGCGGAACUAGUGGGACGAGUGUUGGUGCAAAUAAUUUGACGACAAGCGGAAUAGCCACGGGAAGUAGUGGAUCUGGAUCAGGCGCCACUGUAUCUGGCAUUGGCACUGUGAAUGCAGGGAGUAGUGGCAUUAACAUCGGGGCGAAUGUUGGUACCGGAAAUGUGGCCAGUGGAACGGUUGAAUCUCGUACAUCAACGAUCGGAGUACAAAAUAAACAAUUGCAAAAUGUCAAAGGAGAACAUCCUUCGAAAGCAUUUCUACAAAAUAGAUCGAUGUCUUUAGUGGACAUGUACAUUGAUAAUUCGGAACCCAGCGAAAAUGUUGGUCAAAUUCAUUUUAGUCUGGAAUAUGAUUUUCAAAAUACUACACUUAUCCUACGUAUUAUACAGGGUAAAGAUUUGCCAGCAAAGGACUUAUCCGGAACGUCCGAUCCUUAUGUUCGUGUAACACUUCUGCCGGACAAAAAACACCGACUUGAGACGAAAAUAAAGAGACGCACGCUAAAUCCUCGAUGGAACGAAACAUUUUAUUUCGAAGGUUUUCCAAUUCAAAAGUUACAAAGUCGAGUGUUACAUUUACAUGUAUUUGAUUACGAUCGAUUUUCAAGAGAUGAUUCUAUUGGAGAAAUGUUUCUUCCGCUAUGUCAGGUCGAUUUUUCGGACAAACCUUCGUUCUGGAAAGCUUUAAAACCUCCAGCAAAAGAUAAAUGUGGAGAAUUAUUGUGUUCUUUAUGUUAUCAUCCGAGCAAUUCCGUAUUGACUUUAACACUUUUGAAAGCUAGAAAUUUGAAAGCAAAGGAUAUUAAUGGGAAAUCAGAUCCGUACGUAAAAGUAUGGUUACAAUUUGGAGAUAAAAGAAUUGAAAAACGAAAAACUCCUAUAUUUAAAUGUACUUUAAAUCCAGUAUUUAACGAAGCUUUCUCAUUCAACGUACCGUGGGAAAAAAUUCGCGAAUGCUCAUUGGACGUAAUGGUAAUGGACUUUGAUAAUAUUGGCCGAAAUGAAUUGAUUGGACGAAUUCAACUUGCAGGAAAAAAUGGAAGUGGAGCAAGCGAAACAAAACAUUGGCAAGAUAUGAUUACGAAACCACGACAAACAAUCGUACAAUGGCAUCGAUUAAAACCGGAAUAAAGAUCCCAUUAAAAUUCAAAAUAUCCAAAAUCUAAAAGUAACAAGAUCGAUGGUUGCUAUUUAAUUCUUUUUAUUCAAUUGGUUGUAAUGCAGAAAAAAGGAAAAAAUUGAAGUUCUACGAGAGAGAUUUUCCCAUUUUGAAGAAUAUAUGAUGAGCAUAUAAAACAUUAUUCUUAUCGAGAGGAACUUCUCUCGUGUUACAAUUAAAUUAUUCUCUUUAAUAUCGGUACUUCUCGUUAGUUAUUUAUUUAUUUUUCUUUCUUAUCAUGUACAAUAACGACUUCACAAUGAAUAUAUCGAAUUCACUAUCUUCGCGUACAAACUCGUUUUCACAUGACUCGUGCAUCGCAAUGUUUUCAUAUACAUAUAAUAUACAUACAUAAAAGAAUCGAGAAGACGAAAGCGUAAUCAAUUAAUAUUACUUUUAAAUUUUUAUUGACAUUUAACAUUGAAUGUUAUUUUUAUGACUGUUUUGCACGAGUAAAUACGUAUAGAGUAUGUAAUACUAUUGCUUCGAAAUCCGUGAUGCGUCAAGCGUCCUCAACUGUAUUUAUAUCCGGUGUCUUCCGAUCAUGGUAUUAUGGCUAUUCUAGAAAAAAAAUUUAAUGAAUUCUCUAUAAUUGUCUUCUAAUAAUGUUACAUAAUGAAUAAAUUACUAAUAGAUAUUAUUUUUCUAAUUGAAUGUUGAAUGUGAUUAUUUUUCAUUUUUAUUCAUAUUAUUUGUAUAUUUUUUUAUUUGUUGUUAUUAUUAUAUAUCUUUCUGUUCAGGAUUAAAUCAAUCAUUUCUUUUUUUUUUCUUUUAAACAUUUAUUUUUAUUUUAUUAUUUUUUCUUCUUUUUCUUUCUUUAUUUUAUGACAUAUCAUCGCAUAGAAAUACAAUUGGAGCAAGACACCGGAAUAUAAUGUUGAAUUCUCAUAAGAAUCCAUAAAACAGCGAUAUUUUUGACGGAAUUUUUGUAUCGACCUAGUCGGAAAUCUUUUGAAAGCGAUGAAAAUUGUGAUCGGUGUUACACCUUGAAUAAUCUUAAGCGUUAAAUUCGAUAGUUUGCUGUUGUUGACGAUAACACGUAGAAAGAUCCUUGAGAUCAAAUUAAAAUUGCGAUUUUGCAUACAUUAUACGUAUGUUUGCGCUCGUAUACGUGUACAUGUACGUUUGCAUAUACGUGUGAUAUUUGUGUGCCGAAAUGCGAAUAUUCUUGUAUAUGUGUCGAAUGUGCAGUGCGUCGUGAAAAAAACAACGAUAAUUCUAAUUAUUCGCAAAUUGAAAAGCGUUACGUAGUUACGUUUAGCGUAGCGCUUUUAGGUUACAUAGAUGCGUUUGUAGACUGAAAGUGUAAAAAUCGAUAUUGCAGCAAAGAUAUAUUCUGAGUAGCAUAAUCGAUGACUGAUCGAAUAUUUUUACAUUAUGUGGUUUUACAAAUUAACAAAUUACUAGUGUAUAAUAAUUGAGUGUAUAAAAAGCGUGCCGCUUUUUAGUCGAGCUAUCACGCUAGCGAGAUCGAGCGACGAAUUUUUACACGAGAAUUAAUCGAUUUUUCUCGUGUUACGUUAAAUUCGUCUAAAUCCAUCAUGAACGUAUAUUGUAUUUCCAUGUUGAUAGUAUUAAACGCGACGCACGAGAGCACACACGCACACACGCACGCACGUAUAUACUUAUGUCCAUAUACAUACGCAUACAUAUAUAUAUAUAUAUAUAUAUAUAUAUAUAUAUGUAUAUAUAUAUAUAUAUAUAUAUAUAUAUAUAUAUAUGUAUAUAUACGAGCACUGUUGCAUAUAAAAUUAAAAAAAAUUUGCACAAAUACGCAUAUGUGUGUACACCUAAUUAUCAGGUAGCACAAAAAAUCAAUUAGACUAACGUUUGUAUAUCGUAGAUUGUAUAUUAUACUGUUGCAUAACAGUUGAAAUGCAAAAACAAAAAAAUAUUACGAUUUGGCAUAAAUCUGUUAGAAAAAAAAUUCCCCCCUCCCUCAAAAGAAAAAAUAAAAAAAAAAACAUGUUGAAACGACCUUAUUCAAUUAAAAUCGAAGACCGAGCGAGCGUGUAUGCAUCUGAUAAAUGCCAUGUGCAAAAUUCAUAGCGUUUAGUUCUUAAAUGAAUGCAUUCAUCGUGCGUUUAUAAAUAUAUAAGUAUAUACAUAUGUUGUUCGAUCGUCGCUCGAUCGUGUUUAGUCAACUAUCAUAAUGUAAAUGCGUUCUUAAAUGAUUAUACGUGAUUAUACGUGAUCAUUUAGAAAAUUAGUCCAUAAUUGGAGAAAAAGUGCCAAAAGUAAACGCGAAUGGCGGAUCGAACAUGUUUUCCGGCUCCUGGAUGUUUCUUUCCCUUUUUCUUUUUAGAAUUUUUUUUAGUUUUUUUUUUUAAUUUCUUAUAGUUGCUUCAUUUAAUAAUUGAAAGUUUAAGAAUUGUUUAAAUUGUAAAAUAUGAAAAAGUUUUCGUACGAUUCGUUCAACAAUAAUGAUCGAUGGCCAAUUGAACUACAAUGUGCAAUUGCAUAUCUUUCUUUAUUUUUCAAAUUAACAAUGAAGAUAGAUGUAUAAUGAUAAAAUAUAAUCGCUCUAUAUCGGAAUUAAUUUGUCUGGCGCCAAAGAUUUAUUGUUUAAAUAAUCUAUUGCGAAAUAAAAAUUGAACUAUAAUGUGCAAUUGCAUAUCUUUCUUUAUUUUUCAAAUUAACAAUGAAGAUAGAUAUAAUAAUGAUAAAAUAUAAUCGCUCUAUAUCGGAAUUAAUUUGUCUGGCGCCAAAGAUUUAUUGUUUAAAUAAUCUAUUGCGAAAUAAUCUAUUUUUUAUUUUUUUUUCUCCUUCUCUCUCUUCUUCCCCUGUUUUUUCCUUUUUCUCUUUUUUUUCCACUUCUUCUGCUUUCCUGUUUUUUUUUAUAUAGAUAGAAUACAUGUUAAUUUCAAAAUCUAUAUUUUAAAUUCAAUCAACAUAUGUAUUAUAUAUUGUAUAUUACAUAGUGUACAAAUUAAUUCGAAUUGGAUGUGAAUUGGGCCUUAUACCAUGGAUUACCUCAAUCGUAAGCAACUUGCCAGUCAAGUUCUAGUUUGCGACUACAAUAAAACAAACGUUAAUAAGAUUUUAAACCGAUUUCAUAAAAACAACUCAUUCUUCAAUAUUUAACAAAUAUAACAAAUCAAACGUGAAAUUAAAAUUAGAUGUUCAUCUUGUAUUAUUGUUAUGUUUGUGCGUGAUUUAUCAUUAUCUAAUAAUAAAUUGAGAGUAAGAAUGGCA